AAAGUGCAUAGAGGCUUGAAAGUCUCUGAGUUUUUUUAUGAGUAUGAAACAGUAAAGUUGCUUCUAGCUACAGAAGACUUCUUGACUUCAAUGAAACCUGUUCUAUGGGCUUGUGCUUUGUAUCAGUGGCUACUUGAAGAGGCUGUGGUGGAAAGAAAAACUCAACUGCAGGGGAGAGCUGGCUUCCAGAAAGAGACAAGUUCCCUGUGCUGGCCAGUAGCUAGGAAGCCCUAAACAAUACCACGUAGUAGCUGGAACAAGAGUUACAGCCAGAAAGCAUUAAUUUGCAUCAAGGCUAGCCUUCUGAACUGUUUCCAGAGAUGGCUUGCAUUACUUUGCUUUUGGCUAUUCUUCAUGUGCACAAAGCACUGUGUGAAGUGACCUUUUGGGACACAGCUGUUCAAUUCUCUGAGACCAUGACUCUGGAAUGUGUGUAUCCAUUGAUGGACAACUUAACCCAGGUGGAAUGGACCAAGAUCAGUGGCACAGAGACUGUGACCAUUGCUGUUUACCACCCAAACCAUCCUAUGCAUAUAGAUCCUAACUACUUCCAUAGAGUGCACUUUCUGAACGCAACAUUGGAGUUCCGCAAUAUGAGUCUUUCCUUUUACAAUGCCUCUGAAGCAGACGUUGGCAUCUACUCCUGCUUGUUUCAUUCUUUCCCAGGUGGACCUUGGGAAAAGAAGAUAAAGGUGGUCCAGUCAGAUAGUUUUGAGAAAACUGCACCCUCAAAUGGCUACCUGUCUGCAGAACCUGGACAAAAUGUCACACUCAGUUGCCAACUUCCAAAUAACUGGCUAGUCCAACAAGUAAUGUGGGAAAAAGUCCAGCCCCAUCAGGUAGAUGUCUUAGCUUCCUGUAACCUAUCUCAAAGGACAAGUUACACAUCAAAGUACCUAAGAAAAACAUGGAGCAACUGCAGCAAGGGGAGCACACAGAGUGUCCUCAUCAUCCCCAAUGCCAUGUCUGCUGACUCUGGACUUUACAGAUGCCGUUCUGAGGCCAGCACAGGAGAACAGAAAACCUAUGUCAUAAGGCUGAUCGUAAGUGAUGGUCUUAUGGAGGUCCACCCCUGCUCUACUCUGGCCAUUCCCAUAGCAGGUGAAGAGAAUAAACAUUUUAUACUUCCCAUUGCUGGAGGAUCAGUUUCACUGUUGCUUGUUAUCCUAAUUAUAAUCACAGUUAUUUUUUAUAGCAGAAGGAGAAGGAGACAGGUGAGAACACCACUUAAAGAGCCCAGCGAUAAACAGAGUAAGGUAGCUACCAACUGCAGAAGUCCCACAUCUCCCAUCCACUCUAUAGAUGACGAGAAAGAGGACAUUUAUGUUAACUAUCCAACCUUCUCUCGAAGACCAAAACCAAGAUUCUAAACUGUUCUUCUGGCCUGAACACAUUAAUGAUGACUUCCAUGGCAUAGGGUUUUAGUCAUUCUUUCUUCACCACCAAUAUCUACUUUGAUAAAAACUGAUUGAAUCUAUGUCAUUUACUAUAAAGAAACUUUAUCAGCUAUGAAUAUUUUUGAUAGAGAUGCAUUAAAAAAUCCAGAUCUAAUUAGCUUAUAUGUACAAGAAAACUUGUCCCAUAUGUAACAGAACAGUCUAGAGAAGAUGAAUGCUACAAGGUGUUCUUGUAUUUGAAAUUAACGGUGGGCAGAAGCUUCUCUCCGAAUCCUUCCUACAGUGUUAAUUUCAUUUACAUACUACUGGUCCAGUUCUCAUGCUGCUUCCUCAGAUGCUCCCAUCAUGGUUGUCAGUGACACUUGACAGAAGUUUUUCAGGUCAAAUAUAAGAAACAGAGUUGAUUAUUCACUUAUUAGUAAUAAGAAAGUGAUAUUAUAAAGGAUGAAAUGACUUAAAUCAGUUAUGGGUUCUCUUAUAAAACAAGGGCAGUGCUAAAGCCUUACUUGGAAAUUCCAAGUAUUGUUAAAAAGAAGGAUGAAAUGGACCUAGAAGUCAUUUCUAACAAAUACUAUCACACAGAUGUUACUCAUUUACCAGCUAACAGGUGAGUAGGCUGCAACAUCAGCAUCAUUACAAGGAGUAUACGUAAAGAUGGCCAGGAAUGAAAUGGGUGUGAAAUAUGUCUCUUCCCUUUCUAGUUUCAAAUAAAUUCAUCUCAAAUUCUAUAGAGAAUUCUUGCCCUCCGACAGGGCUAGUCUUCUAUAAAAUGAGAUGCUCUAAUAAGAAAUAAUGCUUUUGAUAACAGUUUUCUACUUUUGAGAAUUAUUAUGAAAUGUAAAUUUGUGAAUUAAAAAGCUUGUAAAAAAUGAACACAUGAAAAGAGAUUGGUGAGUGUAAGUAGUAGAAUUCAGAUGUAGUAAUCUGAGACCAGUGAAUUUGGAGAAUGUGAGGGGAAAGGAAAAGGUGUCACAGAAUAGUAAUAUGUGAAAGAAAACUUGUGCUUCGGAGUUUGAACUAGCUCACUCCUACCAACAUUGCUGUCUUUGAGAGAAUGUACCUGGUUUUGUUACAUAUUUAUGAAGCUAAAUAAAACUAUAGUUAUCUCCAAACCAUGGUGGUCAUUAUCAAAUAAAAUGGUGUUUAUCAUUUGAAAGACCCAUUUCUUAUCUCUAAAGAAAUUUAAAGAAUCAUAAUCUUUAAAUCUUCAUUGUAGAAAGCUUCCUUUAAGUUUCUGGUUUGUAUAUUUUGUUUCAAAUUUAAGUGAAACAAAUCUAAAUGCUACUGCUGUUGCAAUGACUCUAAACUGUAAUUCAUAGUUUAAAGCUAAUUAGUGGAUAUUUCAUAUUUUUAUCCUUAAAUACCAUACAUGAUUAAUAUCCCAAUUAUUUUCAAACUACAGAAAUUCAGAGGGAAAUAAAAGAAAAUGACCAUUUCUUAUUUGUGCCUAUGUAUUUACUCAAGAAUGGUUAACUCAGGUUCUAAUUGUUUAUUUGAAGAUUAUCAUGUCGCCUUUUGUGAACAGUUUCCAUAUGUCAGUGUACCAAAGUUGGAAGACAACAGAAAACAAUCAACAUUUGAAACCUCCAGAGAUUAUAUGGCUGUACAGAUUAGACUGAUAAUGAAACAACUUAGUACUGUUUAUAAAAUAACUAGUUAUUUUCUGUAAAUGUUAAAAAACAAUCAAAAUACUGCUUUCUAGAUUAUUAGGGUGCCCAAUUUUGCAGUGUCUAAGUAAGGGAGAGGGAAUGCUUUUAUAAUUGCACUAUGGGGGAUAUAAAUAGACAUGUAGUGGUCAGUGAUUUGUAUAAAGAGUCACUUAAGUAGCAAGAGAGCCUCAAGAACAUUGGGCAUUUUCUAUGUUGCUGUGGGAAUUCAGAUGCCUCUUUAAAAAAAAUUACUCCCUCAAAAUAUAUUUAAUAUACCUACCCUUCCUUUCUAUAUGUAGUUCCCUUGUGAAAUUCUGUAGAUGGAAGUUUCUGUCCUGCCCAGUCCCACAACUUUUCACUCCCAGAGAAACAC